AAUUCCAGUAUUCAAAUUAUAGCUCGACAAUCAUCGCAUCCGGCAAGUCCUCACUGUCAAGCCAACAUCAGCAAAUUCUUCUAAUAAAAAAGUCAAAGACGACGGAUAACAGAGCAACCAAUUCACAAUUCAAGCUGUCGAAGCUCGUAAUUGAUAUCUGAAUCCCUAGUAUGUCUGGUGGCUUAAGUGGGGGUAGUGAUGGUUCUUUUGAUGCUGAUGACUUGUCGGAGAUCCGUGAACGAUUCAAGGAGCUUACGAAGGAAAAGGAGAUGCUGAGAGAUUCCAAGUCCCAGGGGUUUGAGCUACUCAGGAGAUUGGAAUUCCAUGUUAAAACAUUGUCUGAAUCCCGCGAAGGAGACAAGAAGCGCAUAGCAGAUUUGGAAAGAGAACUCAGCAACUCCAUCCAAGAAAUAGAUUACUUGCAGGAUCAACUAGGCUUGAGGAACUCAAGCCUUAACUAUCCUGGCGAGCAAGCAUGUAGCUGUGGCUUUAAACUUGCAGAGAUGGAAAUUUUAGAAGCGGAGGUAGGUAGGUUAAAGGAACAGACAAAGAUGUCCGAGUUCGAAAAGUCAUUGUUGAUGCAAGAAAUAGAGGAUAAGGAGGAGGAAAUAAGAUGUUCAGCAUCACGCAUCGAAAACCUGGAGGAAUCUAUUUCAUCUAUGGCAUUAGAAUAUCAGUGUGAAAUAGAGAGCAUAAAGCUGGACGCAAGUACAUUGGAGCAUAAUCUUAUUGAAACAAAAAAGUUGCUGGAAGAAAAAACUCAAGAGAAUUCAACAUUGAAUGGGUUGAUUGAAGACCUUGAAACUAGAAAUCAGGACACGUACCAGGUCAUCGAGAGGUUAUGGAAGGAAAAUAAUGAUUUGACAGAAAAAUUGCACAAUUCUGAUUUGAGUGUCAGAGCAUUCGUCAAGGAUGUGGAAGAGCAAUUACAUGGCUGGCUGUCGGAAAUUGAGGGCCAGCCUUCGAGUAAACUAAAGAAAUAUACAAGCACAUAUGGCAAUGUCUUGGGCGCGCUCUUUUAUAAACUCGUUAUUUUGAGAGCGAGAGAUGGAAAUUUGAGAAACAAGAUUGACGAUAUGUUGCGACAGAUAGAUGACCAAGAAUGUCUUGCAAGAAAUCUCAAGGAGCAACUGAGAGAUGAAAGGGUGAAAGCAAAAGAAGAAGCUGAGGAUUUAGCUCAGGAAAUGGCUGAGCUAAGGUAUCAGCUGACACUCAAGCUUGAUGAAGAGUGUAAACGCCGUGCCAGCAUUGAACAUCUGUCUGUACAGAGAAUAUCUGAAUUGGAGGCUCAGAUUGCAGAAGAAAGAAAGAAAUCCACCAGCUCUCUAGAUAUUGAACUCCACAAGCAGUGAGACGCAGCAAGGCCUCAAAGUUAGAAUCGAUCUAAUUCCAAGUUUUUUGCGUCGUUAAAAGUGUUCUAUGCAUCUCCUUUCAAGAUUGCUGCAGUGACACUUGCAGAAAUAGUCUGCUGCAUUGGCUCUGCUCUUGAUCCCCUCACUGCACGUUGCAGCCGAUAUAUUAUCAGCUGAGUGUGUUGGUAGAGGCGUCCCUCCGCUGUCAUUUUUUUUUCUUACAGAAGGUAUUUAUGUUGAUUAGGGUGCCAAGUGGAAUCUUGGUUGUUGGUGUUCUUCGUAUUUGCAAGAGUUCUAGUUUGCAAAUGAAAAGAGAUUACUGAUUGUUGCAUACACAUUUUCUUGAAACCAUUGUGUGCAAAAUAAAUUCAUUUUUAUACAACU